ACUUCAGCAGGGCUCACUGUGGUUCCUUUUUUGUAAAAGAUACGCCUUGCAUUCUGAAUGCUCUGUGUUUUUUUUUUUUUUUAAUUUUAUUUUUGGUGGUAGCUAAAUCUUGUUCCUGUUCUGUAAUAGAUGUGAUGGAUGUAUUGCUGAUUCAACCCCUCUCCUGUUCUUUCCUGUGAGUCGUAGGGAACUUUGAUUGGUCUAGUUGUUGAUAGCGCUAUGUCUACACAUGUAGUCUCAAUCUGAACUCUACGGGAGCAAUUUAUCCUUUUGCUCUUAAGCUUCUGUUGGGAAAAGUUUUUAUUUGUAUUGAAUAUUUUAAUAAAGUAUUUGAAUAAAACAUCUCAAGUUUUGAAUGAGAAAACUUUGGUAUUUAAUUUCACCAGUAGAAUAUUUGAAUAUUUGAUUGCUAACCAUAGCCUACAGUGGAAUGAAUGAUGGGGUUUUUAAUCGUACCCUAACUUAGCUGAAUUUUAUUUUUUAUUCAGUUGUUUUCUUUGUAAUAUCAUGUAUUUACUUGCAGAUCUUUUUCUUAUGUUUCUAACUUCUGUCUACAAGGAUAGCUAUGUUCCAGUUUUACAUGCUGUACCUGAAGGAUGACAUUUUUUUGCAAAUAUUACAAGCAACUGUUGGGUACUUGAUGCUUACAAAUUAUUGUUUAAAAAUAAAUAAUUCACUACCCCAAAUAAGUGUUUUCCUUUGAUUUUUGUAAUCUUCCCUUUCCAUUUUUCCUUUUUUAGGCUUCUUGCAUUAACUCUUUUGAUGAAACAGAAUUGCAGAUAGGCAUUGCAAAGGCAAUUUGAAAAGUACAGGACUUGUUUUCUGGCACUUGGAAGUGGCACACGUAUGUUCAUGCUGUAGGAUCAGUUGCUUCCUUGAGAAAUGACCUUGCAAUUUACAAAAUGGAUACCUUUGUGCCUUGGUUUCCUUAUGUGUAAUGGAGAUAAUACUCAUUUACUCCACUAGGUUGUAUGUGUGGAUCAGUAAGUAUGCUUCAUAAUGCUUUUAAAGGAAUUUAAAUACUUUAGCUGAUAAAUUGACACUUUCAGUGAAAACUACAAUGAAAAAAUGUAAUAUGGAUUUUCGCUGCCAUGUUAGAAUGACUGAUUCACGUUGAUUUUAAUUUGGAGCAAUACUUAGAGUGAUACUUCUAAAUUGAAGAAAGCUUUUCAUCUAUCAGUUGUUUUUAAUUGCAGACAUUAGGUAUUAUAGUAAAUAAGUAUAGUUAUAAAUAAUAGGCAUAAAUAAUACUGAUAAAAAUUAUGUGACUUGAUAAUGAACAAGUAUAAUAUUGAAUUAAGUUUGUGAAAAAUUAAGCUAUCUGGAAAUAUUAAGGCCUUUUUCAUUAAAAAAAUUUGUAGGUGACACAUUCCAAAAUCUACAGUUGUAAUCAUUUGGAAGGUAUAAACUGGAGCUACUUUGUUUAUUAUUUGGGGUUAUAAACAUUGAUAUAUAUAUAUAUCCAGAGGCAAUUUGUUAAUAUUGCGUAAGACUAUAUUUAAUUUUAUAUUUUGCUUUAUUUUAGAAAUAAUUUAAGGUAUCUUUUCCAUGUGCUCAAUUUUUGUUAUCACAGUACAUCAUUUUUUGAUUUCCUUCUGAAAGAUUAACUCAGUCAAUUUCCAUAGCAAAAACUAUUAAAAGAUCGUAUUAUUAGAACUUUUAACAAAACAGUAAUUAACAUUUAUUUUGUGGGAAAACUUCAUGUGAAUGAUAAAACUACUGAAGUGUCUUUAAAAUUAAAACUAUUUUAUAGUUCCUUUGGGGAGAAUUAAUUUGAUUACAUUUAUGUUUUCUUAAAUGACAGAUAAAAUUUAGCUUUCAGUAACAUUGGAGUAAAUGCAGUUAAUUCAGAAUUUUUCUAAGUUGUUUAAGGACAGGAACUGACCAGUCACUUACUGUCAUAAAUCCAGAGUUGCUUAGUAUAGUGUUUAGCAAACAAUAAAGACUCAGUUCUGUUUGUUGAACCAAUCAAAUGAGUAAGUGAAGAAAAUCCAUUGAAUUAGUUUGCUGGAUGAAAAUUUUUUGGAAAAGUAGGUUUAUCAAACUUUUUAAGUAACAAAACAAAGCUUUUUCUCAGUAAAAAUGAGAAAAAUAUAUUUGGAGGGUCUUUAAACUCCAUUUUACCUGUUCAAAUAUAAUUCAUUUACCCACAUACUUUUGACAUAAAACUAGAUACUGAAUAAUGUAUAUUUUAGCAAUCUUCCAUUUAUGAAAUGAUAUUAACAAUUUUCUUAUAACCUCAUGAAAAUCUACAUUAAUUUGUUUUUCCUCAACUAGAUGAAAUAGAAAUGUAUUUGAUUCUUUCUGACUUAAGUUUUCCAAUGAAAUAGUAAUUUAAAAGUAUGUUAAUUAAAUCUAUGGUAAAUGAGUAUCUAAUUUUAAACAUAAAUGACCCCUAGCCUUUAAAAAAAUUUUUAAAUCAUAUUUAGCUCUAUAAUUUAGAGCCUUUGUGAACUAGUAUCUCUAACUUGGAAUGGGACUGAUGUAGAGUGGUUUAGAACUCAAUUUAUUGUCUCAGAAACCAUAUGGUUAGUGGUUAGAUUCAUAGACAUCCCUUUUAAACCUGGUUAACCCAUAAUAUGCCUGAAUUCUAGAACUACUCUAAUAAUGCUAGUGAAUUAAUGGGAUUAUAUGAAUAAUUAGUAUUAAUAUAUAUUAAAAUGUCUAAUACUCUGCAACAAUCUCAUAUGAGAAUCUGACUCUAAAAAUGCGAUGGUACUCUUGUGUUGCACGUGACCACAUUACUAGGAACUUGCCCUCUUUCACCACUUGGAGGUGAAGAGCAGGAUCUUAGUUCAGUGAGUGGUUUGCCUUCCAUCUCAUGAGGACAUGAGAACAGUUGGAACAAGUCAGUUGUAAACUGAGAAGUAGAUGACUUCUGAGGUCCCUUUUAGCUGCAAAUAAAAUUGUACAGCAUUUGAAGUUCAUUAUAACCCCUUUUUAUCUGAGAUAAUUUUCACUUUCUAAUAUUAUUGCUUAUGUACUUGCUAUUAGGGAAUUUCUUCUUUCUGGAUCUCCCUUUGAAAAGAACAAAGUCAAAAUCUGCCUCAUAUGCCAAUUCUUGGAAGCAAGACUUUUUAUUAAAAAAGAGAUUUGUUGUUAUCAUUGUUUUUUGAUUUUGCUUACUUUAAUUUUUGAUUGCUUUUUUUCAAAUAGACUCUCAGAAGCACCAAAACACAGAAUUAAAAUGAUUUCUUUUGUUUCAUUAUUUUGCUUUUUUUCUUUUUUUAACUGAAAGUAAUUUGUGAAGUUAAGGUAGGUUUAUUCAUGUUUUUGAGAGAUAUUACAUCUAGUGAAUCUUUAAUUUUUUUUAAGGAAAAAUAGUGUGAUUAAGCUUGUGGAGUGGGAGUAGGAAGUUAAAAGAUGGAGUACUGGGGCCAGUGCUGUAGCGCAGCGGGUUAACGCCCUGGCCUAAAGUGCCAGUAUCCCAUAUGGGCACCUGUUCAAGUCCUGGCUGCUCCACUUCUAAUCCAGUUCUCUGCUAUGGCCUGGGAAAGCAGUAGAAGAUAGCCCAAGUCCUUGGGCCCCUGCACCCACGUGGGGGACCUGGAAGAAGCUCCUUGCUCCUGGCUUCGGAUUGGUGCAGCUCCAAUUGGCUGUUGUGGCCAAUUGGAGAGUGAACCAUCAGACGGAAGACCUUGCUCUCUCUCUGCCUCUCCUCUCUGUGUAACUCUGACUUUCAAAUAAAUAAAUAAAUAUUUUUAAAAAAGAAAGAAAAAGGCGGAGUAUAGCCAGUACAGUGGAGCUCUGGCAUGGUUGUGGUGGGGUUGGAGGCUCAUUGAAAAGUGUUUAUAAACUUCUUGAGGAGAGAGAUAGUUUUGUUGCUUGAUUGUCAUUAUAUUUUCAUUUGCCUUGUUUUUGUGUUCCCAGUGUCUUUUUUAGUUUAAGCUAUUUGCAUUUUGAACGUAUACAAUUACUACAGUAUAGCAGGUGAAAGAUCAGGGUGCUAUGAGAAAAGGAGUCAUUGAACACAGCUAUGCCUGUCUGUACAUUGGAGCAUUUUGUAGGUUUUAAAUUUGCUUUAUUUGAAGAUUAAUUACAUUUACGGAUAAUGCAUAACAAUGGUCUCCCUAAGAGGAAAGGAAGUAAUACUGCUUAUUUUCUAUAUGUGCAAGUCUCUGUGUAGAUACUGUUAUAUUUAUUAUCUUAUUUAAUUGAUAUCAUUGCCCUAUUGGGAAUUUAUGGAAGGAAGAGGUUAACUGAAUGGAACAGGUUGCUUAUUCUGCUUAGCAAAAGCCUACUUUCUCUGGGAACUGCUUCAUUCCCUUUUCCCCAAUGAAUUACUGUUGGGGCAGUCAUUUUAAUAACUUGGUAAUAGUAUUACUGCCUUCUUGCUACCCUCCCCUCAUUUGUAACUGGAUGAUCUAGUAGUGAUUACCACAUGCCCCAUGCUAAACCAGUUAUUGAUUCAGCACAUAAUUAUUGAGGGCCAACUGGUGCUAAAAGGGUAGGUCUCUAUCUUGGGGUUAAAGAUGUAGUAAGAGAAAGCUACUGAACAAACACAUUUAUUUAUAAUUAGAAAUUGUGGCGAGGGAGGGGAACCUAAUUUAUACUGGGUGUUAGGGAGGGCUUGCUUCUUGGAGGUAAGAUGAGAGGCAGUUAGCUAGCUAGGGGGCAGGGGGAAAGGGCAGAGAGCACAUGUGAAACCUUUUUGAGAUAGGGAAGAUGUUUGGCAGGUUCAAAGAACAUUCAAGGAAUGAAAAAACAGCCAAAGUGGAUGGAACUUAGAGGGAUCCUGUAUUGUGGGGGUAAACAGGAGCCAGGGCACACAUUAAAGGCUUGGUCUGACAGGGGUUAUGAAUUUUAUUUUUGUCCAUUGGGGAAGCCCAUGAAGGUUUUUAAAUCAUGUUAAUGACUGGAUUAGAUUAGUCUUUUAUAAUGAUCACUCACGCUUUGAGAAGGCUGGGGGACCAAUCACAGUUCUGAUAAUUUCUUUCAUUGGCCCAGUUCUGCACUAAGGCAGGUCACUCAGAGCUUUUCUUGUGUCCUGGGUGCCCAGAGGUUGAGUAAUUUCCUUUCUCUCCAGUUGCUGAGCUGCGUGAUAAAACUUGAUUUUGUUAAUAGCCUUGUGUCUUGCCAUGUGAACUAGAUAAGCAGGGCAUCUAGAAAUAAGGGUGCAAACAGGGCAUCUAGAAGAAAGGGUGCAAAGAGAAGUAAAUGUGGAGGCCUGAGUGCAUUCAGGUGCCUUUGUCCAUGGUCCUGAGAUUGAAUUCCAAGAGACACCCUAGUUAACUUUGCAAUAAGUCUUCCUUUUUGCAUAAACCUGUUGGAAUUGUAUUCCUAGUAUUUAUCAACUGAAUCUUCUAAUAGAUUAGUGCAAGGUCACAUGGUUAAUAAAAAUGAAAGUAGGAUUUGAACACAGACACACAUUAUUUUAAAGUCCCAUUUUUUCCUGCUAUCCUUUGCUGACAAAGUACUAUUACAUAAAGUUAUGGCCCUAAAAUAAUUCUAAGGAUGUGGAUUUUGAAUGUGGCGAUGACUAUUAGAUGAUGAUGGCAGCCAAGCUUUUUUCAGUGUUUGGCAGUAGUCCAGCUUAUUGCCUUUCUUUCAUCCUGAGUAACAGGUACCCAGGUCUACUUCAAUAAUGUAAUGUUUCUACAUGUAUAUUAACUAACUCAUUUGAGAAGAAAAAGCUGUGUCAGAGCAGGAUUAACUUACUUCCUGCUACCAGAAACUAUAAAUCUGUUGUUUUUACAUUAUUUUGCAAAAGUCAGCUUUUUGUUUGUUUCAUUUUACACUGUUUAAUGGGGGACAUUUGUUGUCUUGAAUGUCUUAUUGGUGAGUUUCUAUAGCAUGAGGAUUCUUCAAAAAGUUCAUGGAAAUAUGUAUUAUGAAAAACUAUGCAUAAAUUUAAAAAGUUUUUACACCAAAGUAAAUACUCUAAAAAAUUAUUUGAAGUGGAGAGGUGGAGUGUGGGUCUGCUUGUGUCUCUGGGAACUCUUAUUCAAGUUUCCCACGUGGGUGAAAGGAACCAAAUUACUUGAGCCGUCACUGCUGUUUCCCAGGGUCUGCAGUAGCUGAAACCAGGAGCCAGAGCUGGGAAUCAAUACCAGGUCCUCUCAUGUGGGAAUAGACACUUAGCCAGCAUCUGAACUGCUAGGCUGAAUGCCUGUCCUUCCAAGUUAUUUUUUGAUUCCUUUUUCACAGACUUUUUGCAGUACUCUUAUACAUGUCUAGAACUUACACCAGAGAAUUAUGGAAAGGGAAGGCAAAGCAGAGCUGAAGGGGAAGGAAUAUUUUAUGUUUUAAAAUAUUUAAAAUAUUUUAUAUUUAUAUAUAUUUAUGCUUUAGUGGCAGGUGAAGACUAGCACUCAUUUUUAAAAACUGAAAUAAAAGCAUCUGAUACAACCAGAAGUUUAUCAAUUGUGUUGAUAUUUUCAAAGACCCCUUAUUUGGUGUCAUUGGUUUUCUGUGUUCUCUAUUUUAAAUUGCUUUAAUCUCUGCUUAUGUUUUACUAUUUUUUCUUCUGUUUGUUUUAGGCAUAUUGGUCUUCUUUUUCUAAUUUCCAAAGGUGGAAGUUCAGGUUAUUCACUUUUAAUCAUUCUUUUCUAAUAUAUUUAUCCCAUGGUAUAAAUUUCCCUCCAUUCACUGCUUUGGAUGCAUCCCAUAAUUUUUGGUAAAUUACAUUUUCAUUACCAGUCAUUUCAAAAUAAUUAAAAAUUUCUUGAGACUUUGAACCAUGUUAUUUAUAAACAUAGUGUGUUGAAUCCCCAUAUAUUUUGGUAUUUCCCAUUUAUCUUCUGUUGAUUUCUUUUUUUAGAAAGCUUUUAUUUAAUAAAUAUAAAUUUCAUAGGUACAGCUUUUGGAAUAUAGCAGUUCUCUUCUCCAUACCUGCCCUCCCACCCCCAAACCGUCCCACCUCCUACUCCUUCUCCCAUCCCAUCCUUCAUUAAGAUUCAUUUUUAAUUAUUUUCAAAUGAAGAUCAACUCUAUACUAAGUAAAAAUUUAAUUCUGUUGAUUUUUAAUUUGUUUAUUUUAUAAUCUGAGUGUACAUUGUAUGAUUUUUAUUUAAAAAUUUUCAAAUGUAUUUUGUGGCCUCAAAUGUGAUUUAUCUUAAAGAAUUCUCUGUGUGAGCUUGAAGAAUUUUUUUUUGGUUGGGUGACAUACUAUAUAAUCGUCAAUUAUAUCUGGUGGAUGAAUGGUGUUACUUUGUUACUUAGUUAAGCUAUCUCCGUACAGAUUUUCUGCCUAUCAGAUUGAGAGAGAGAUAUUGAAGUCUCCAAUUGUGAUAGUGGAUUAGUGUAUUUCUCCUUGUAGUUCCAUUAGUUUUGCCUUGCAUAUUUUGAUACUCUGUUGUUAAAAGCAUAGACAUUAAGGAUUGUUGUGUCAUCUUGGAGAAUUUAGUCCUUUAUAGUAAUGUAAUAGCUUUUUAAUUGCUGAUAAUCUCGCUUUGCCCAGAAAUCUGCUUUGCCUGAAAUUGAUACAAGGAUGCUUUAAAUUAAAAGAUAAGUUUUCUUUGGUACAAAACAAACUUGAAAUCCAUGUAUAGUCUUUUCAUAAUAUUUAUCAUGAACUUUUGAAGUACCUAGUGUAGCUACUCUAGCUAUUGUUUUAAAGGCAGAGGGGAAGAAGGAGGGAAGGUGGGUUGAUGGGAUGGAGAGUGGGAGGGAGGGAAGGAAAGAGAGAGAGAGAGAGAGAAUAUGAAUGAAUGACAGUGAGAAUAUUUCUAUUUGCUAAUUCUCUUCCCACAUGCCUACAACAGCCUGGGCUAGCCAUGCCAAAGCCAGGAACCAUGUUGAUCCUCCACAUGAGUGUUGUAUAGGGUAUAAGGUAGGGGUCAGGUUUCAAACUUCUGCAUUUGUGAAUCCAGUUUUCCAACACCACUUACUGAAGAGACUGUCCUUUCUCCAGGGAGUGUUGUUACAUCUUUGUAAAAAAUAAGUUAUUUGGGGCCGGUGCUGUAGCGUAGUGGGUAAAGCUGCUGCCUAAGGUGCUGGUAUCCUGUAUGGGUGCCAGUUUGAGCCCUGUUCGAGUCCCAGCUGUUCCACUUCCUAAAUAGCUCUCUGCUAUGGCCUAGGAAAGCAGUAGAAGAUGGCCCAAGUCCUUGGGCCCCUGCACCCACGUGGGAAACUCGGAAGAAGCUUCUGGCUCCUGGCUUUGGAUCGGCACAACUCCACCUGUUGUGGCCAUCUAGGGAGGGGGUCAGCAGAUGGAAGACCUCUCACAACCUUUCCUUUGCUCUCUGUAUAACUCUUUCAAAUAAAUAAAUAAAUAAAUCUUAAAAAAGAUAAUUUAGUUGUAGAUGCAUGAAUUUAUUUCUGGGAUUUCUAUUCCUUUGAUCUGUGUGGCUUUUUCUGCCAGUACCUUGCUGUUUUGGUUGCAAUACCCUGAAGUAUGUCUUAAAAUCUGUUAUUGUGAUGCCUUUGGCUUUGUUUUUAUUAUUCAAGAUAACUUUAGCUAUUUGGGAUCUUUUGUGUUUCCAUAUGAAUUUUAGGGUUGUUUUUUCUAAUUCUGUGAAGAAUGUUGUUGGCAUUUUAAUAAGGAUUGCAUUAAUCUGUAAAUUGAUUUGGUUAUUGUGGAUAUUUUGUUAAUAUUCUUCUAAUCCAUGAACAUGGGAGAUAUUUCCAUUUUUUAAAAUGUCUUCUUCAAUUUCUUUAGUAUUUUAUAAUUUUCAUUGUAGAGGUCUUUUGGAUCCUUGGUUAAAUUUAUCACAAGCCAUUAGUACUGGCCCACCUCUCACUGGCAGAUGGACCUCAGGAGAAACCACGAAACAUCUUCAAGCCACCGUGAAUUGGAGCCAUGCAGGAUUGCCAGUUUAUUAAUGAAGCAUGCAGACUUGUGUGGAACAAGACAGGCUGGGCCAAGCAUUUGAAGACGCUUUUGAGAUACUCAGGCAGCAUUCACUGGGAGAUUUCCAGUCCUCCCCAGAUUACAAAAAUUACCUGGCUUUCAUCAAUCAUUAUCCUUAUGUCAGAGGAAACUCCAACUGCUGCGAAGUGGUGCCUACAGAGGAAUCUGUUCAUAGUUGGAGAACAAUAAAAAACAGUGUUUCAGACCUCUAUCUUGAAGGGAAUGUCCACCAGUCUCUGCAGAAUGCAACUGAAAACCAAUUGGUGCAACCUGCCAUUUUCCCACAAAAAGGAGGAAAAGGCAGGAAGAAGCUCCGACUGUUUGAAUACCUUUACGAUUCCCUGUGUAAUCCUGAGAUGGCAUCCUGUAUUCAAUGGGUCGAUAAAAAUAAAGGCAUCUUUCAAUUUGUAUCAAAAAACAAAGAAAAACUGGCUGAACUCUGGGGAAAAAGAAAAGGUAACCGGAAGACCAUGACUUACCAGAAAAUGGCCAGAGCACUGAGGAAUUAUGGAAGAACUGGGGAAAUCACCAAAAUCCGGAGAAAACUAACUUACCAAUUCAGCGAGGCAAUUCUCCAAAGACUCUCUCCAUCUUAUAUCUUGGGGAAAGAGAUUUUCUACUCACAGUACCUUCAACCUGAUCAGGAAUAUCUCAGUUUAAAUGCUUGGAAUGCAAAUCACAACUAUACAUAUGCCAGUUACUAUGAGUUAAGUCACCCAGAUUGCUAAGUAACACCCUCCCAUUUCUUGGUAUCCUGGUUUUGAAAUUUCUACAAGCUUCAGGAUGUUUCUUGCUAAGCAAAUAUAGUCGGCUCUCCAUAUCCACAGUUUCCGCAGAUUCAGCCAGUCAGGAAUAACAAACAUUUGAAAAAAAAUUGCAUCUCUUCUAAACUUCUUGUCAUUAUUCCCUAAACAACACAAUGUAACAAUUUACACAGCAUUUACAUUGAGUUAGGCAUUAAAAGUAGUCUAGACAGCUCCUGCAUUUGCCAAUUUAAUUUCCUUUGGGUAAAUUCCAAGGAGUGGGAUGGCUGGACUGUAUGGCAGGGCUAUAUUCAGGUUGCACCUGAAUGUUUGUUGCAGCUCAAUUCACAAUAGCUAGGGCAUGGAGUCAACCUAAAUGCCUAUCAACAGAAGACUGGAUAAAGAAAUUAUGGGGUGUGUACUCUAUGGAAUACUACAGCAGUAAAAAAAGAAGGCCGGUCAUUGCAGCAAAAUGGAAGAAUCUGGAAAACAUCAUGCUGGGUGAAAUAGGCCAGUCCCAAAGGGACAAAAAUCAUAUGUUCUCCCUGAUUGGUGACAGCUAACUGAGCACCUAAAAGGAAACCUGUUAAAGUGAAAUGGACACUAUGAGAAACAAUGACUUAAUUGGCCCUUGUCCUGACUGUUGAGGAACAACUCACUACUUUAUUCCUUUUGGUAUUUUUUUUGUUCUACGUAAUACCAUUGGUUGAACUCUUUAAUUAACACACAAUUAUUCUUAGUCGUUUAAAUUUUUUUUUAUGCAACUGUGUUGGUAAUGGGUUUUCUUUCUUUUUCUUUUUCUUUCUUUUUUUUUUUCUUUUUUUUUUUUUUUUUGACAGGCAGAGUGGACAGUGAGAUAGACAGAGAGAAAGGUCUUCCUUUUUGCCGUUGGUUCACUCUCCAAUGGCUGCCGCGGCCGGCGCAGCACGCUGAUCCGAAGCCAGGAGCCAGGUGCUUCCUCCUGGUCUCCCAUGCGGGUGCAGGGCCCAAGCACUUGGGCCAUCCUCCACUGCACUCCCAGGCCACAGCAGAGAGCUGUCCUGGAAGAGGAGCAACCGGGACAGAGUCCGGCGCCCUGACCGGGACUAGAACCCGGUGUGCCGGCGCCACAAGCAACUCAUAGAAUGGCAGAUGUCCUAAACAGCACUCUGGCCUCAGAAUCAGCCCUUAGGGCAUUCGGAUCCGGCUGAAAAGCCCAUGAGAGUAUUUCAGGCAUGGAAAGCCAAGACACUCUGGCA